AUGGAAUUCACUAGCUUGGUUUUGUUGAUUUCCUUUGUGAAUGGUGGGCUGUUUGGCUACUCAGAUGGUGACAUAAUAAUCUCUCAAAUUUCUCAACCUCCUUUCUCUGCACCUGCACCUGCACCCGCACCCCAGAGUGGUGCCAUCUUCAAUGUGAUGUCUUAUGGAGGCGUUGGGGAUGGCGUUGCAGACGACACCUUAGCGUUCAAGAGGGCUUGGGACGAGGCGUGCCAGAGUGACUUAACGCCCAUUUUGUUAGCUCCCAAACACCACUCUUUCUUCAUCCAAUCCACCAUCUUCACUGGCCCUUGUAAAAAUCCCCUGCUCUUUCAGAUUGAAGGGACUAUAAUGCCACCUGAUGGACCCGAUUCCUGGCCAAAAAACAUGACAAAGAGACAAUGGCUGGUUUUUUACAGAGUUAAUGGAAUGUCUAUGCAAGGUGGUGGACUGAUAGAUGGCAGAGGUGAAAAAUGGUGGAAUCUUCCUUGCAAACCUCACAGGGGAGUAAAUGGAACAACUCUUCCUGGUCCUUGUGACAGCCCAGUGGCUAUAAGGUUCUUUACAAGCUCAAAUUUGACAGUCCAGGACCUUAAGAUCAAGAACAGCCCAUUGUUCCAUUUUAGGUUCGACAACUGCCAUGAUGUCCACAUUGAUUCGCUCUACAUUAAAGCACCUCCAAACAGUCCCAACACUGACGGAAUUCACAUUGAGAAUACCUAUGAUGUUACAAUACACAACUCUAUAGUUUCCAAUGGUGAUGACUGUAUAUCAAUUGGAGCUGGCUGUUACAAUGUAGACAUAAGGAACAUGACUUGUGGCCCUAGCCAUGGAAUAAGCAUUGGCAGCCUAGGCAUAAAACAGAGCAGGGCAUGUGUAUCAAACAUAAAGGUGAGAGAUUCAACAAUCAGAAACUCAGACAAUGGAGUCCGGAUCAAGACAUGGCAAGGGGGAUUUGGUGCAGUUUCAAAGGUAACAUUCGACAACAUAAGAAUGGACAAUGUUCGAAACCCGAUAAUCGUAGACCAGUACUACUGCAGCAACAAGGCCUGCACAAACCAAACAUCUGCAGUGUACAUAUCAGAUGUUUUGUACUCAAACAUAAAGGGAACCUUUGAUGCCAGGAGCCCUCCAAUGCGCUUGGCUUGCAGUGACAGUGUUCCUUGUACUAAUCUAACCUUGUCCGAGGUUGAGUUGUACCCUUCCCAGGGGCGCAGAAUCUUGGACCCUUUCUGCUGGAAUGCCUAUGGAGAGCUCAAGACUGUUACCAUUCCACCUGUUUUCUGCUUGUUGGAGGGGAAUCCUCAGUCAUUACCUAAUGUUGAUAUUGAUCAGUGUUAAGUUGAGUCAGAUUUAGAUAUGAUGUUUUAAUUUAGACAUAGAAUUAAUGUUGUGAAUGUGAAAAUCAAGCUAAUUAAGUGCUUUAAUAUGAAAAAAAAAAGUUUAUGUAAUUGUAUAAUAUAAUAUAGAUAUAUUAGUGAAAUAUAAUGGUACGGUGGUGUUUGAUUUGUGAUUUUA